AUGGAUAUAAACCACAUCUUGUCUCUGUUAAAGCAAGGAGCUGACCAACAUGAUGAGCCAUCUUCAACCCAUGCACCACCACCGCCACCAUCUUCCACUCCUUCACUCAAUCUCCCAUCAUCGGUUGACUUGGCGGCCAUCGAUCCCGACGUUAUUCAACAAGUACGGCAAGAGUAUUGGGCUACUCAACAACAGCAGCAGCAACCACAACAGCCGCAUAAUGAUGAUUCAUUGGAUGCCCUAUUGGAUUCUAUUCAAGGAGCCACGCGUAUCAACUCCAAAGUAUUGGUGGCAUUGGGUCGACUCACCAAAGAGACGAAUGUGAUAUCGGUGUUGCAAGGAUGCAAAGAAUCCCAGCACCGGAAAGAGAAUGAGCUAUAUCAACAACGGCAAGAGCUUGUACAACAACACCAAAAACAACGGGACGCACUGUUUGCAAAAGAGCUAGUGGGCGCAUCUGUUGAUUGGGAAUCAUUGGAGAAGAAAUCCGAAAAGGAGCUCAAGCAAAUGGACACGCAUAUUGUACACCAAAUGGAUAGGGAAAUACGAUCACAACAAGCCAAGCUGGCCAAGUUACGUGUACCAUUCUUCAAAGUGACAUCAAGCAUGGAUGAUAUAAAAAUGCAACACAAAGUACUAUCUAUUCUUCAAGAUAUGAUCGACGACGAAGAGGAUGAAAAACAAUGA